UAUAGUCUAAUCAUAGUCUACUGUAGGCUAUAUAGGACGUAGAGCUUAGGACAUUUUGCUAUAGGUAAUAAAAAUGUACAAAAAUGGAAUAUACCAUCGGUGACGUAAUAAGACGAAGCUGAAGAGUUCCUGUAACUAAUUCUGUCCACUCAUUGUCCACUGACAAGCAACCGAAUUCACAAGAUGAACAAGACUUUGAUUUUGGCCGUUCUUCUUAUUUUACUGAUCUCUUUGGCCACGGCUCAUAAGAAGGGACGUAAAAGUAGAAAAGCCUGCAAGUACAAGGUUGGAGAGUGGUCAGAAUGUGAUGAAUCAGGAAUGCAACAACGAACUUUGACCCAUAGAAGAGGAAGUGCCAAACAAUGUCCGGACAAGGUGAUAAAAAAAGAGUGCAGAGAAGUUUCUUGGGCACAAAUGAAGAGGAAGGAGAAGAAGUUAGGAUGCGAAUAUUCGAAAGGAAGCUGGGGAUUGUGUAACAACACAAGUAAUCUACGAGCACGCGUAGAAACUCUGAUUGACCAAACAUUGACCGAGAAAGGAUGCCGGUCUGAGAGAGUUCUUGAAAAACCGUGCAAAUUUGCCUGUAGGUAUACUCAUGGCGAAUGGAGUAAUUGUAACAAGACGACUAAUCAACGAACACGAGAAUUGGCUCUAAUAGAAGGAAGUCCCACCGACUGCGCACAGUCAGAGAUCAAAACAAGAAAAUGUCUCAACGUAAAAGGAAGAGAAAAAUGCUUUUUUGGUACAUGGUCUACAUAUAGUGAAUGUGUCAAUGGCGAAGUCACCAGAACUCGUGAAGUGCUUGCUGGCGGCCGCAGAUGUCGAAAGAGGGCUUCACAAUCGAAGAAGUGCACGGUCGCAACCGCGGCUUAAAUUAAAAAUUAUUCAAAGGAGUUUCCAUAGGUUAUUGUACUUCCCAGCUAACAAUACUAUGUUCUAAGAACGUUAUAAUAACGUUACAGUUUGGUGAUAAAAACGUUAUUUUGAGGAACCAUAUGUACGUACUAAUUCCACAACGUCACGACGUUUGAACGUGUUUACAACGUUGUGUGAACAUUAUUUUGUGACAUAUACCUAAGCACAACGUUCGAAAACGUUAUAAGAAGGUUUUGUGUUUGUUAUUUACUAAUGUAUCUAAUGUUUAUAUUUGGGGUAUGUGUUUAUAUACAGCAACAGUAUUGUAAAGAUUAUCUUGUUUCGUAUAUUAACCUGACGAUUCAUGUUUCUUUUUUGGCUACCUGUAUUUCCUAAUGGAUCAGCAAUAAUGAUUAGACCUAUCUUUUAUAACGUAUUUUUAAUAGGCAUACUUCCUAUUAUAUUAUUUACAUGUUAAUCGUUUUAUUGGGGUAGUUCCAUUUUCAAGUAUUUUACGGUGGUUUUACAAAGAACCAGAGCGAAAAAAUAUAAAUUUCUUACCAGUUAACAGAAAGUCAGCAUCGUUCAUUAAAAAUGUUUAUUGUCUUUUGAUAACUAGGCCUAGGGCCUAUAUGAUUAUAUUAAAUAAGCAAUUCAAAAACUAUUUUUGAAAUUUUCUACAUUUUAUGUUUGAUGGCAGUGUACCUUUAAUGGAAAAUUCCCCAUUCAGCACUUGUUGUUAGGCCUAUGUAUUUUAAUUAAAUAUGUUGAGGUGAGAAUAAAUUAAAUAAAGUACAGUAAAAACUGA